AUGAGGCUCUCCGAUUUCUUCAACGCCGCCGCUCUAUUGGCGAGCUUCGGCUCCUCUUUGCCCGUCCAAGAUGCCUCGUCUGUCGCGGUCAAUCCAGAGCUCCCACGGCUCGUCAUCUAUUUCCAGACUACCCACGAUAGUUCCGGGGACCCGAUCUCCAUGCUGCCACUGAUCACCGAAUUAGACAUCGCCCUAACUCACCUCAUUGUCUGCUCCUUUCACAUCAACCUCGGCAGCGAAAUUCAUCUCAACGACUACCCACCAUACUACCCAUUGUUUUCUACGUUAUGGAACGAGACAGUGGUAAUGAGAGAAGCAGGGGUGAAGGUGAUGGGCAUGAUAGGCGGCGCCGCGCCGGGCUCCUUUGACUCAUCCACCCUGGACAGCACGGACGAGGCAACGUUUGAGCUCUACUAUGGGCAGCUGCACGAUGUGAUUGUGCAGUACGGACUGCAGGGCAUGGACCUUGACGUUGAGCAAUAUAUGUCGCAAGCCGGAAUCACCAGGCUAGUCACGCGCUUGCAUGCUGACUUUGGUGAUGAAUUUAUUAUCACACUUGCGCCUGUGGCCUCAGCCUUGACAAAUCAGGGUAACUUGUCUGGGUUCGAUUACAAGGAUCUGGAGGCUGCUUCUGUGACUGCUUCAGGACAAGACAUGAUCGACUUUUACAAUGCACAAUUCUACAGCGGCUUUGGCACAAUGUCGAGUCCUUUAUGGUAUGAAAGAGUGGUCAAGGCUGGGUGGGACCCGAAGGAUAUCGUAGCCGGCCAACUCACCAGCCCAGUCAACGGCGGGGGUUUCACCAGCAUUGCAGACCUGAAUCAGACUGUCAUCGCACUGAAAGAAGAGUAUGGCGUCAUUGGAGGCAUCAUGGGCUGGGAGUACUUCAACAGCGUGCCUGGCGGAACGGCCGCUCCGUGGCAGUGGGCACAGGAGAUGACUGAGAUCUUGAGGCCGGGUUAUAACGUGCAGCUGACGGUGACCGAUGAAACUGCCCAGACUUUGGACACGGCUUGGAAGGAGAGCGUGAUUGAUGCAGAGUCGAACUUUGUGGAACCGAGGCCGAAUGUGGAUUAUUUUGCAAUGGUGAACGCAUAG